UCGGGGGAGGGCGCCAGGCCACCGCCAGAACUGCUGCCUCGAUCCCGGAAGUGGAGGGUCAACACGAAGCGCCGCUGGGUCUGGGUGCCCGGAGGCAGCAGCGUUCUAGGAGCUUGCCCGCCGGCCCCCGAUCGCCAUGUCGCUUUUCGACACCAACCCCUUCGCGGACCCAAUGGACGUAAACCCCUUCCAGGAUCCCUCUGUGACCCAGCUGACCAAUGCCCCUGAGGGCGGCCUGGCGGAAUUCAACCCAUUCUCAGAGACAAAUGCAGCGACAACAGUUCCUGUCACACCACUCCCUGGGCCCUCGCAGCCAGCGGUUCUCCAGCCCUCCGUGGAGCCCACCCAGCCGACCCCCCAGGCCGUGGUGUCUGCAGCCCAGGCAGGCCUGCUCCGGCAGCAGGAAGAACUGGACAAGAAAGCAGCGGAGCUAGAACGCAAGGAGCGGGAGCUGCAGAACACCGUGGCCAACUUGCAUGUGAGAGAGAACAACUGGCCACCCCUGCCCUCGUGGUGCCCUGUGAAGCCCUGCUUCUAUCAGGAUUUCUCCACAGAGAUCCCUGCCGACUACCAGCGGAUAUGCAAGAUGCUCUACUAUCUGUGGAUGUUGCAUUCAGUGACUCUGUUUCUCAACCUGCUUGCCUGCCUGGCCUGGUUCUCAAGCAACAGCUCCAAGGGAGUGGACUUUGGCCUCUCGAUCCUGUGGUUUCUAAUCUUCACUCCCUGUGCCUUCCUUUGUUGGUACCGACCCAUCUACAAGGCCUUUAGGUCCGACAACUCUUUCAGCUUCUUUGUGUUCUUCUUUGUAUUUUUUUGUCAAAUAGGGGUCUACAUCAUCCAGUUGGUUGGCAUCCCUGGCCUGGGGGACAGCGGUUGGAUUGCAGCGCUGUCUACACUGGGCCAGGAUGCCCUAGCCGUAUCAGUCAUCAUGAUGGUGGUGGCUGGCUUCUUCACCCUCUGUGCCGUGCUCUCAGUCUUCCUCCUGCAGCGGGUGCACUCCCUGUACCGCCGGACAGGGGCCAGCUUCCAGCAGGCUCAGGAGGAGUUUUCCCAGGGCAUCUUCAGCAGCCGAACCUUCCACAGAGCUGCUUCAUCGGCUGCCCAAGGAGCCUUCCAGGGAAAUUAGUCCUUCUGACUCUCUUCUCUCCGCUUCAGCUCUUCUCUCACCUGCCUUGAGCUGCACUUAUCCGUGGGUGCCUUAUCUGGUGGUGGUUGUGCCCAGCACAGACCUCGAGGGGGUCUUGCUGUGGCUCUGCCUCCUCCCUCAGUGACCAGCUCUCCCUGGAAGGGGAGGGAGGGACAGAGACUUUUUUUUUUUUUUUUACACACACAAAAAACAAAGCCAUCUUUCCUUCUCUGGUG